CACAAGCGGCAGCUCUGCUGUAGACUACUGAAGGGGGAGGUUGGGGCAGGCAAAGCAAAGCAGCAAUGAGUGGGAAAGAGCCGCUGCUGGGAACCCUCAAAGUCUGCAUUCUCAACCUUCAGGGGAGCAGCAGCCCAUACAAAGACACCUCUCCUCACAUUCAGCCCUUUUGUGAGAUCCUGGAGAUGAUCCUUCGGAAAGGAAUAAAACAGCCAGUUCUGGGUUUCAAGAGAAAGGACUAUUGGCACUGGGUAGAACAGCUUCCACAGCAGGAGUCCCGUCACAGCAUGGCCCUUCUGUCAAUGAUGAUUGAGAAAACUAAUUCUUGUGAGAAGGUGCUGACAGCCCAAGGAAGAGGGCGCUACUUCCUGCGUCUGGCUUUGAAUGGGAAGUUGCUAGCGGCAGCUAUUCGGCAUCUAGUCAGAGCUCCCAGGCUGCUUGAGUGGUAUGAUCCAGUGACCUCCAUUCUGGCAAAUGAAGAUUUUUCUGAGCCUUUCCUCUCUAUGAUGCUGGUGGUGACAGAAAUGAAUUUCUCCCUAGAUCUGCAGAACUCCAGUUUCUUGGAUGAAAGCUGGCAACUUCCGGUGUGCCUAACCUACGAAACUGUCCCCUGCAGGGAGCUGGGAAUGGUGCUCAGAUACUUGGAUGGGCGGAUUUUCAUCAUAGACGUCCUUCCACAGAGUCAGGCAGAGGUGGAUGAGGUGGUGCUGGUUGGAGAUGUCAUCGAUGAGAUAAAUGGAUUUUCGCUGAGGAACGCAUGCAAUGGACAGGCCGGGACAGUGCUACAGAAGCUGAAGGGCAAGCCACUGAGCUUCCGCCUCAUCCGGUGGAAAUGGCACGAUGGGGGGAUGUACAAGCCGCUGCUGCCCUACCUGAAAGUUCUCCGGGAGAAAAUCCCCAGCUUCCAGCUCCAGCAUGAGCACAAACACAAAGAAGAGAAUGAGGACCGGAGCUUGCAGGGGGGCAGGCUGCUGUACAAUCUACGGUUCUUAGGCCAGGUCAAUGUAGGAAAGGUGAGACUGAUAGAUAAAAGUGGAUUUGGAGAGCUGAAAGAGGAUUGUCUAGGUUUUUGUUAUUGCUUUAUCUCUUUAUUUUUGUUACAUCUUUCUGAUUCUGUCUAUUUUCAGUAUGGAGGCAAAGAGGUGUUAGACCUAGGCAUACCUAUGGUUGUAGAAAAACAUUUACCACCACAGGUGGUUUUAUUUGAUGUCAAAGAAACAGAAGUCCUUGUCCAACAGAAAGUUUCUUCAAAGGUUUUGUUCCGUUACCCUUAUACAGACAUUUCCUGUGUGGGACGACGUCUGGACAGGAACCAUCUCUUCGCCUUCUGCACUCUGUCUUCAGCAAUACCUUCAGAACUCAGCACUUUUGACUGUCUUGUGUUUGAAUCAAAUUCUGAAGAAGAAAGUGAAGAAAUCAUCAAAAGAAUUGGUAAGGAUGUAUGUGCUUUGGACUACAAGUUAUUAAAAGUAGCAAGGCCACUGUAUUUUCUUAACAAGGGGAUAUAUCCAACUGUGUCCAUCUGCCCUGGUGGAAAGGAUUCCACUUUCUCUUUAUAACCCCUCAAAUUGCUCUAAAAGUUUGGGGCACCUUCCAGAGCAAGUUGGGGUAGGGCACCAAGAGUAUUGAGAGGAAGCCCUUGUGCAAGGGGGACUCUGUUCACGUAAUAUUGGAUGUUACCCUAAAUAUACUUCUUAGUACACAUACAGGUAAGGUUUUUGAAGGAUUACAACUAUUAUUCAGAUGAGUCUUCCCACUAAAUUCAUUUAUAGAUGUCAUAUUGUUAAAUGAGGACAUGACUACUUAAUGAAAUAGGAAACUUACUAAGGCUACCAAGUGACCAAUUAGAAACAUAAUAUUGUCUUAUUGUAUUUGAUACACUCGAUCAUUUCCAAAGUUGGGUGAACUUCAAGAUCCAUCAGCGAAAUCGAAGACUUGGGGUAAAUAUCCUAAACAUUCUUCUAAACAUCUAAUAUUCAAAAGGUAGUCAAAAGGAGUAGGAGAAUAUGGUGUUUAAACAAUGCUAAUUGGCAUGCACCCAGCAUGAAACCAUCCCAUGGCUAGAGCAACUACUACCAAGUUGGAACUUCAGAGAGCAUCAUGUUUGAAGAGUAACAAGUCAUUUGUUUCUUUAGCUGCUGGAUUUAAACACACGGAAUGGUUUGUCUGAGAAUGUGAUGCGCUGCUGCUGGGCGUCUGCCAAUGACCUACUUUUAGAGCUCCA